GAGACCGCGGCGGCCGGAUGCGCGGGCACGUCACUUCCGGGCGGUGUAGCGGCGGCCGCUUGGAAGAUGGCUGCGCCCUGUGGCUCGGAGCUGCCCGCCAACUCGCCGCUAAAAAUCCCGAAGAUGGAGGUGCUCUCCCCGGCUUCUCCUGGUGGCCUGAGCGACGGAAAUCCAUCGCUGUCCGACCCUUCCACACCUCGGGGUGCCUCCCCACUCGGGCCGGGCAGUGCGGCGGGCUCGGGGGCAGCGGCGUCCGGGGGUCUCGGGCUGGGGCUGGGGGGCCGCAGCGCCGCCUCGUCCUCGGUCUCCUUCUCCCCUGGUGGCGGCGGUGGCGGGGCUGCGGCAGCCGCCGCCGCCGCCUGCCGGGGCAUGUCGUGGACGCCGGCCGAGACGAACGCGCUCAUCGCAGUGUGGGGCAACGAGCGGCUGGUGGAGGCGCGGUACCAGCAGCUGGAGGGAGCCGGCACGGUGUUCGGCAGCAAGGCCCCCGGGCCAGCCAUGUACGAGCGCGUGUCCCGGGCCCUGGCCGAGCUGGGCUACGAGCGGACCCCGUCCCAGUGCCGGGAGCGCAUCAAGACCCUUCGCAGGUGUUACAGUCGGGUGAAAGAACAUGGUGUUGGGAAAAGAAAGAGCAGUUACACAUUUGAACAGUUGGAACAGGUGUUUGGUCAGGGAGGAUGGGAUGCUCAGCCCUGCCAGCCUGUACUUAUUAACAGUAGUGGCUUGUACCAGGAGCUGGAGUCAGAUGGCAGCACUAUGGAGGACUAUUCACAGGAGGACUGGGGAAACCACAGUCAGGAUCUCCAUGGCUAUCCAACAGAUCAGGAAUUGGAUGAAAUACCUGUCACAAAGAGAACAUUAAAAAUAAAACAAGAGUCUUCUGAAGAAGCACAGAAGAGAGACAUCAUGCAGAAUAUUGUACAGAUUUUGGAAUCAGUACAGUUGAAAUGGGAGCUGUUUCAGAGCUGGACAGACUUUUCAAGGCUCCAUCUUUCCAAUAAACUGGCCAUUUUUGGAAUUGGUUAUAACACCCGUUGGAAAGAGGAUAUCCGUUACCAUUAUGCUGAGAUCAGCUCCCAGGUGCCCCUUGGCAAGCGACUUCGGGAGUACUUCAACUCUGAGAAGCCUGAGGGGCGGAUCAUUAUGACCCGAGUGCAGAAAAUGAACUGGAAAAAUGUUUACUACAAAUUUUUAGAGAUCACUAUUAGUGAAGCUAGGUGCCUGGAGCUGCACAUGGAAAUUGACUGGAUACCCAUUGCCCACUCCAAACCAACUGGCGGGAACAUUGUUCAAUAUUUAUUGCCAGGAGGCAUUCCUAAAAGCCCAGGCCUUUAUGCCAUUGGCUAUGAAGAAUGUAUUGAGAGGCCCCUCUCACCCCACAUGGAGCGACGUUCCCUGGACCCAGGAAAAGAGGGUCGGGUUGACCUGGAAACCCUUUCAGCACAAGCCUCAUUGCAGGUGGAAAUAGAACCCACCAGAAUUAUCUAUUGCUACCUCGGCAUUGCUGAGGUUAGGACUCUGCAGCAAUGCUUAUUUUUACACUUCCAAGCAAAUACUAAAACCUUCAGCAAAGAUUGGGUUGGUAUUAAUGGAUUUUUGUCUCAGAACUGUAUUGUGGAUCCCGGAGUUUCCCCCAAAUCCAUCUAUAUCAAAUUUGUAGAAGUAGAGAGGGAUUUUCUUUCCGCUGGCUCUUUAGUUGAGUGCCUGGAAAAAGCCAUUGGAUACCCCUUAAAAUUCAACAACUGAAUGUCAUCCUUCAUAAGGAUUUGGGCUCUUACUUUCCUCCUCUCUACUCACUUCCCGUUACCCAGACUGUCCCUCAUCCAGAUGCUGCCAUCAGACUCUUCACGGAAGCUCUUUCCACAAUUGGGCCAGUACAACUUCUAAGGAAUCAUAGUAGACUCUGGGCAGAAAAAACUGACCUCAUGAAAAAAAUGCUCAUUUUGAGCAAGCAAGAUAUAUACAGCGAACUUGCAUGGUGGGUCAGCUGUUUCUUUUUUAAAAACAAAAUGAUUUUUAAAUGGAUUUUAGAGCCCUAAUAUAAACAAAUGUAGGUACAUUCCAUAU